AUGGCAUCUGUAAAAAGCGUUAUUUCUGGUUAUUCCCCACACAAUUGGCAAAGAAGUGUUAAAUCGAACGACAAAAUAUUUUCGAGAUGGAAUAAUGAAGACGUUAAGGCAAUAUCAAACAAUCGUUAUAUCAGGGACGUAUUAGGCUCGACAAGUAAGAGCCAGAAACACACCACUCGCAGAGUUCAACUUCCAGCGCUUAAUAAUGUCGUUGAAAGAAAUAUUCAAUCAAACCUAACGCAAGUGCAUGAUAAAAAACGGGCAGGAGAAAGUUGUUCACUCAUGUGCUGUUAUCACUCUUGGAUCAAGCGAGAUGAGAUUCCACUCAGUGUCGUUUUAGAAAGAAAAUUGAAAGAAGUCGCAUUAUUACAGUAUGGAAAAGUACGGAAAUUGUUACAAAGAUAUCAAAUGUUUAGGGGCGCAAUGUCAUCUAUAUAUUCUAAAUAUGACGAAGAUAAAGCUGCAGCACAAGACAGGCUAAAUGUGGCAAAGCAGAAAGCUAAUAAAGAAUUAUCAGACCUAGAAAUGCGCCUUGGUGAUUUGGAGGCGGUUCUAGGGAAGAAAAAUGUGCAGUUAAGGACAUUGCUAACUUAUAAGGACAAAGAUUAUCCUGUAAAAGCCAUGAAAAUACUCGAACUAAAGCAUCAAAUUGAUAGUUUACGUCAAGAACAAGAGAGCGAAUUAGGGAAUCUAAAUGGGUUAAUUGGUAUAGAAGGUACAAAGCUGCACUUAGACGAAGGCAAAGCGACAGAAACAUUACUAGGAGAUAUAACAGAUCGGAUAAUCGAUUCUAUGCCAAAAGGUGUUAAAGAAUUAGCAUUACAAAAUAUCGCCGUAAAGCAGGAAAUUCGACUUCAAAAAGAAGAAGAAAAUGAAUUAUCAAAUCAAAUAGACAAAUUACGACGGGAGAUAGAGGAGCUAAGUAGCGAUCCGCAGACUAAUGUUCCUCUACAUGUAUUCAAACCCUUUUUUGUAAAUACUAAUAAGUGUGAGGAAAAUACCAACUUCCAGAUGAACAUCCUAAAGAAAGAUCCACUCCUACUACAAUAUAUUUGA